AUGUAUGAAGUCUGCAAGACAUCAUUUAGCAAUAAGAGUACUUUAAAUCCGCAUAUGUUUAUUCACACUGGUGAAAAGCCUCAUGUAUGCGAGGAAUGUAACAAGUCAUUUGGUCGAAAGGUGGAUUUAAAUCUGCAUGUGUGUAUUCACACUGGAGAAAAGCCUCAUGUAUGUGAGAUAUGUAAGAUGUCAUUCAUUAAAAAGGAUAACUUAAGUACGCAUAUUCGUAUUCACACAGGAGAAAGGCCUCAUGUAUGCAAGGGCCACUUAAAUAUGCAUAUGCUAAUCCACGCAAGAGAAAUUACACUAACUAUUAACACAAAAGAGAAACCUUAUAUACGUGAAGUAUGUAAGCUAACAUUUAGUCAUAACAGUACUUUAAGUACGCAUAUGCUCAUUCACUCAGGAGAAAAGCCUCAUAUGUGUCAGGUAUAUGAAAAGUCAUUUAGUCAUAGGAAAAAUUUAAGUACGCAUAUGCUUAUUCACACAGGAGAAAAGCCUCAUGUAUGUGAGGUAUGUAACAAAUCAUUUAUUAAAAAGGGUGAUUUAAAUAAGCAUCUGCUAAUUCACACAGGAGAAAAACCUCAUGUGUGUGAGGUAUGCUACAAAUCAUUUGCACAAAAGGUUCAGUUAACUAUGCAUAUGCCUAUUCACAUAGGAGAAAAACCUCAU